CUCCCUCACUCAAGAUGGCUGCAAAAGGCAGGGGACGGCUGCGGUGGCGAGGCUGUGGCGGCCAUGUCGCUUUCGGGCAGCGGCCCACCCUCCCCUCCCCUCCCCUCCCGUCAGGCGGGCUUUCCCCGCGCCGUACCAUUCCGCCGAGGGAGGGCGAAGCGGUGGUCGCGCCCGGGCGGGAGAAGCGCGGCUGAGGCGGGAGCGGGGCAGGUAACUGGAUGAUUUACAGCAACAUUUGUCAUCCUCAUUCCAGUUUGCUGUGGAUGAGAAUUCCUUAAGAAUCUUCUCUCAUCAUUAAGUGUUAAUGAAGUGUAAAGACCUAUGAGUGUGCCAUAUGAGCUGUUAGGAUUACGUCUCCGCAUAGCUGGUGAUGACUGGUAGGGAAUAGCUGGCAGAUGUUGGGCCGUUUUAAAGAUGCCUGCUGGCCAGAAUCCCUAAGGCAGAGGCUGUGAUAAUUACUGAACGUUUGUAGGAGUCUGAAGGAUGGAGAAAAAGAAAAUUCUAAUGAAAUCCAAGGUUGCUGCUCCUAACCUCCUGAGGGCACUGCAUUCUCUGUACCAGUUUGGUCACCUCUGUGACGUGACAGUUCACACACAACAUCUCGGGAUUCAGGAGGAGUUUUUGGUUCACAAGGCUGUCUUGGCAGCUUCCAGCAAUUAUUUCAAGGGACUUUUCCUGCAUGAUGAGAUGCUGGACACCAAGAAUUGCACAGUGACUCUGCAAGACAUUUACACGGAAGAGUUCACCUCCUUCCUGGAGUUUGUUUACACUGCAGAAGUGGAGAUUGAAGCGGAAAAACUGCAACGGAUGAAAGAAAUAGCCGAAAGACUUGAAUGCAAGGAUUUGCUUGACAUUUGUGAAGAAGUGAAAGCAGAGGGCAGGAAGGGGUUAGAUUUGAGCCUCCAUCUGAAAGGUCAGCUCUGUGAAAAUGGUGGGCCACAGUGGACUCGCAUCCAGCAAGAGGAAGACCGCAAACUGAGUAGCUCUUCCCAAGUUUUGGCAAUACCCAUGCAGAGGAAACUUUGGGAUAGGCAAAAACAUAAAAAGUUGCUUGCUGGCUACAAACUCAUUGAAGGGCAACCGGCAAGCUUGGAGCAAGAGGACACUGCUUUUCCAGAACCAAAAUCCAGGACAGCAAAGCUACCAAAACGUAACAAGACAGAUAACAGAAGCAGACUCAGCAUGGAUAUCGUUAGUCUGGAAAACAAGAAAAGUCAUCCUCUCCUAAGUCAGACUGAGUCAAAGGAAGCCUGCAUAGUGAUUAGGAACGCUCUGCCCGAGCAGUGGGAAGAUGAAAACAGUUUAAUUUCCCAAUUUGUCAGUAAAACGGAACGUAGGAAGUCACCGCGGCACGUGGCAAAAGUCUUGCCGCAGAUCACGUGCGAGAAGUGCAAUGAAUCGUUCGGUGUUGCCGAGCAGUACCAGCUGCACAUGGAGCUCAAGCAUGAUGUGAACCUGGCUGUCAAGUACAGCUGUGACGCGUGUGAGCAGCAUUUCUCCACUCACCAGAACCUCCGGCAGCAUCGCCUCGCUGUCCAUCGCGAUGAGCGGGGCUUCUCCUGCGUGUUUUGCGACAAGAGGUUUAAGCGCCAGAGGGACAUAAACGACCACAUGCGCAGGGUGCACGAGGCGAAGCGGGAUCCCCAGGCCUGCCCGUACUGUGACAAGGUCAUCAGUUCCAAGUGCGGCCUGACAGUCCACAUCCGAACACACACAGGGGAGAAACCUUAUAAAUGUGAACGCUGCCCUGCCAGCUUUGCUCAGAGGUCUGCUUACAGUACUCAUGUAAGAAAAACACAUGAGUCUGGACAAGAGAGGAAACUCAUGCCUGUCUAUUGGAUGGUAGUUCCGUCUGCGCAUAGACCAAACGCCACAAGCUGUGACAAAGAUCCUGACAGAGAGACGUGGGAUGGGACAUCGGAGGCUGAGCAACAGAAGUGUGCGAGGCACAAAGAGGCCACAAGUCAUGAGGAAGAACCCGGGGCUUCAUCUGUUACCAAAGCAGACUGUAGCAAUGAGCAAGAAGAACGGAAGCGGAAAUAUAAAGCAGCUGAAGCAAGAAGCGAAAAAAUGAGUGAAGAGGGGAAUGAAGAUGAAGGUGAAAUGAGUGUGAAGGGUGAGGAGGAAGUAGAUUACGAAGCAGGGUAUUCAGAAAUUGAAGAUAGUAGAGAUAAUGAGGAGGUCUGUACUGAAGAGGACGAUGAGGAUGAUGAAUAUGCUAAUGAGAAGGAUGGUGAAGAACGUGAAUCAGAUGAAGAGUUUAAAAUAAAGAAGGUAAAUAAAAGUGGGGUGAAUAAGAAAUCUGCCUAUGUAAUAAGAUGCGAUAAGUGUAAUGAGCAGUUUGUUUCCCGGAAAAAGUACGUGGAUCACUGCAGAGAUGUCCAUCAGUGCUUGCCUGGUAAAGUCUAUCAGUGUGACAUCUGCAGCAAGUCGUUUGCUAGUUACAACAGCUGGAAGGAGCACCGAGCGUGUGUCCACACGGAAGAAAGGCAGUUCGCCUGCACCCUUUGCAAUGCUACUUUUAAAAGAAAGAGAGAUGUGAGGACACAUUAUAUGCGGAAGCAUGAAGGCAGAGUCAAACGCCCCCUCUGCUCUGUCUGCGGAAAGAUCCUCAGCUCCCGAACCGCACUAGUGUUUCAUAUGCGGACACAUACAGGAGAAAAACCUUACGAGUGUGGCAUUUGUCAUUCAAAAUUUGCUCAACCGUCACAACUUAAGAUCCAUACCAGGUCCCAUACAGGGGAAAAGCCAUAUAUUUGUGAGGACUGUGGGGCUUGCUUUGCUGAUAAAGGCAAACUCACUGGCCACAAAAGGACCCACACAGGAGAGCGCCUUUUUAAAUGCGAUGUGUGCGGAAAACAUUUUGCCACCAACGAAUACUUAAAAUGCCAUAAACGAUGCCACAUGGGUGCUAAGCCCUACAAGUGCGAGGUCUGUGGGAAGACGUUUGGACUGAGAGCCUCGCUAGCCCAGCACAGCAAUGUCCACGCAGAGACCCGGCCGUAUUUCUGCGAGCAGUGUGGGAAAACGUUCACUCAGCAGGGCGCCCUCCGCCGCCACCAGCGCAUUCACACCGGGGAAAAGCCGUACAAGUGCAGAGCUUGCGAGAGAACCUUCACUGACAUGUCCACCUUGCGCAGACACGUGGCGAUUCAUGACCGGACUGCUCACUGGAGAAGCUUCUUAAUAGAUCUUACGACCAAAAAAGACCAUAAUUGGUCCAAAAUAGAAACGUUCUCAGAAGCCUGUACAGGUGAAGACUCCGCGCCGGAAAUUUGGUCAGUUGACCAAGGUAAACUUUAUAAACCAGAAAGCAUUGUUCCUAAAAAAGUAGAACCUGUGCCAUCUAGUGUCAGUAAUGCAGAAGACACCGAUCGCUCCCUUUUAUACUUGUAGUGUCAGUUAUCGCCAGAAAACUGCGCAGUUUUCCCAGGUCGUAACAGGCCAAAUUACCUCAAAUGUGAAGCUCUGCAGCGGAGGGUCAUCUUGCUGCAGGAGGGCAGGAGUUACCGGCACUGCGGUCGCGGGAGAGGAGCAGAAUUCUCGACAGAUUUUAUGCCGGUUAGAUCUGAGGUCUGCAGAGUUUUUAUUUUUUCGCACACCCCCCCCCCCCGGGCACAUUACAGGGUAUCAACGUGCGAAAGCGUACGCGGGUGCGGGGCCGUCGCUGGAAAUUACCGCUCGGGUUUGUAAUAAAGAUGCGCUCACAGCGCCGGUUCCCGCCCCUC